UUAAAUUGUUCCCGGGUUUGACAAGAUUGAAUGCUUGUUCUGUAUGACAAAAUAUCAUCUAAAACAUGAUACAUCUAACAAGCCAUGAAGAGUAUUUUUGUGUUAAUUCUGCAUAUCUGUAUUUCUUCUAGUUACGGGUUAAUAACAUGUGAUAUAGCGAAAACGUGCACGGAAUGGAAGGAAAUGAAAUGCAGUACAGUCCCUUGUUCAGAGCUAAAUCAUCAAAUCGCUGGAACAAUGGUGGAUGAUCCGAAGUACAGAAGAGUGCAUGCAACUUUUAUGUCAGAUGACUGGAUAUCAUUUGUCAUAAAAUGGAAUCCUCCAACUUCACUUUUUCUGAAAGGAUUCCGAAUACAGAUUGGUGAUGGAUUGGAAACCUCUAUCUUAAAUAAUUUUUGCUUGCUUUUUCCAUCUGACAGAUGUUUUGUUGGAACAUUAGUACUAAAGAAUGUCACUUUUGAAAUUCACUGCAAUUACACAGGAUAUUCCUCACGAGUUGAUAUUUUAAUGAACAGCUUACCGAUGUCUGAUGCGCACAAACCUUUACCAGAUCACCUGAUUAUUGAAAGGCCGUUUAAGAGGGGACAGAGACUGACAUCACAUUACCUGGAGGAUUCUGGUCAGCUUGACUAUGAACAAUUUCUCUUCAAACAAGAAUACAAAAAAGAAUGUCAAAGAAAUGACGAAGAAGAAAACCAGCCCCAUCAUACGAUCGGAUUGAUAGUUUUAGCAGUUAUCAUUGUUAUCUUGAUACCCAUUCUCCUUCUACUGAAAAUUAAACAAGGUCAAAAAAGGUGUGACUUAUUUUGUCCUAGGAAUGAAGAUGAUAAAGAAAACAGAAUAACAAAAGUUGAGCAAGAAAUUUUGAACACGGAAAAUAAUGUUCAUGUCUGUGUUCCUUGCAAUGACAAUCUUGACAGCCACAUCUUGUCUGAACAUAUUGUAAUCAAAGAAUCUCCUCAGAGCAGCCUUCUUAAUUUAUCAACCUCUCUGUCUUCGGAUGGAACGCAGGAUAUUGAACAGCGCAUGCUCGAGAUAAAUUUUGGCAGUCCAUUGAAUAACCUUAACAAAUAAC